AUGGUUAGAAAUUAUACUAGAAAAACCGAUCGUCAGUCUUGGGAUGAGGAGUCCAUGGAUAAGGCGAUUAUGGCAUGUUAUAAAAAAGAAAUGGGAUUUAGAAAAGCGGCAGUUGCUUUUAAUGUGCCACAAUCUACCUUGGAAAGAAGACUGAAAAAGUACAAAGAUACUGGAGUCUUAGGAAAAAAAGGAUUAGGUGCUUUUAAAACCGUUUUCAACGAAGAACAAGAAAAUCAACUUGUAACCUAUAUUAAAACAAUGGAAGCUCAUUUGUUUGGUCUCACUACAAAAGAAAUUCGACUUUUGGCAUAUCAACUUGCAGAAAAAAAUCAAAUAAACCAUCCUUUUGUCAAGGAAAAUGAUCAAGCUGGUUUAGAUUGGAUGUACAGUUUUAUGAAAAGACAUCCCGAUUUGUCAAUUCAUACUUAUAAGCUUCAAGCUUCGCAAAUAUACAAUGUCGAUGAAACCGGUAUUACUUGUGUACCAAAAACACAAAGUAAAAUUGUUGCUUGCCGUGGACGUCGACAAGUAGGAGCUUUAACUUCUGCAGAAAGAGGACAAACUGUAACUGUGGAAAUAUGUAUGUGUGCUUAUGGUUCGUUUAUGCCCCCUAUGUUAAUAUUUCCCCGUGUAAGAUCAAAACCAGAAUUAAUUGAUGGAGCUCCACCUGGUUCAUGGGCAGAAGUUCACCCAAGCGGAUGGAUCCAGAGUGAUAUAUUUUUAAAAUGGUUUGAAAAGUUUAUUGUGUUUUCUAGAGCUUCUAAGACUAACAGAGUAUUGCUUUUGCUUGAUGGGCAUACUACCCACACAAAAAACAUUGCGCUUAUAGAUAAAGCACGUGAUGCUGGUGUUAUUUUACUUUGCUUCCCUCCACACUGCACACAUAAACUUCAGCCUUUAGACGUUGCUUUUAUGAAACCUCUUAGCAUUUACUAUUGUGAUGAAGUUAAAAAAUGGCUAAGAGAGCAUGCCAGUGAGCACCGAGUAGUAACGCAUUAUCAAAUUGCAUCACUUCUAGGUAAAGCAUAUUUAAAAGCUGCUACAAUGACUACUGCUAUAAACGGCUUUAGAGCCACUGGCAUAUGGCCACUGGAUCCUAAUAAUUUUAAUGAAUCUGAUUUCUUAGCUAGUGCUACAACAGAAAUAGACUUGGAAAAUCAAGAAAAUGUUUCAAUUGAGAAGAAUAUACCACAUACUUCAACACCUAUACCAGGUGUCUCUAAUAGUAAAGAAACAGCGGUUUCAAUAGACGAAUCCAUACCACUUACACCAACACAUUCUUCUUCACCAGGUUGCUCUCAUUGGUCAAAACCUUUUCCAAAUUCGUCACCAGAAGAUGUAAUGCCAAUUCCAAAAAGUAAUAAGACAACUAAAAGAAAUUCUAGGCGACGGGGAAAGACAGCCAUUCUAACUGAAUCACCAUAUAAAAAUGAACUUUUGGCUCUAUCCAGCAACAACACUUCUAAUACUUCAGUUAAAAGAUCUUUAUCACUAAAUAAAACAUCAGGAGAAAAAAAAAAGAAAAAGGUUAUGACUAAAAAUUCAAAUGCUAAAAUUCAAAAGAAAAAAAUUGAAAUACCGAUGUCAAGUUCAGAAAAUGAUGAUGAUAUUUGCUUUUAUUGUGAUGAACUAUACUCAAAGUCUAUUGAUGGCUGGAUUAAAUGCACAGUGUGUAAGAGAUGGGCUCAUAACCUUUGUGCUGGCAUUGAAGAAGAAGAAGACUCUAUAUUUAUAUGUGAAUUUUGUUCAUAA